CGAUUCAACGGAGCGGUACGCAAGCGCGUCAGUUCAGUACCACAGUUGCAGAAUCCCUCCUCCGACCGCGCACUAUCGCCGAUUGUUGAUAACACGCUUUGAAUUUCUGAUAAAGAAAAACCAAGACUGCCGAGUUCACGACCGACAGACAAGUGACUACGUUCUGCCUUACACAAUAGUACAAUACGGCCGCGGUCCGCAGUCUUCCGCGAUACUUCUAUCCGCCACCUUGCGAUUUUAUCAGUCGCCCACACCGUCUCCGAGCACGAUACGGAAUACGCAACACGAAAUACAAUAAUAGAUCGUCCGAAAAUGGUGGUGAAAGUGUACAUGUCCGGUAUAUCGGGUAACAAGGAGGUAAAGAAACGCCAACAGAGGGUCACCAUGAUAUUGGAUAGCAAAAGCAUAUCAUACGACUUGGUAGACAUCACCGAACCAGGGAAAGAGGACGAGAAAGCAUACAUGCAAAACAACAGCAAGACCAAGGACGGUUCAAAAAAUGCUCUACCACCGCAGAUAUUCAACGACGAUGUUUAUUGCGGGGACUAUGAUGACUUUGACACGGCUAAUGAACUGGAUGAGUUGGACAAAUUUUUUGAUAUUUCUACUAAAAGUCCUCCUAAAGAAUUAAAUGGUUCAACUACCGUGGAAGAAGUUAAAGCAGAAAGUACAAAUGAAGUUAAUGAUUCAACUGAUGGAACUGUAAAAGAAAAUGUAAAUGAAGAACAACAAGAACCUUUGACUUCUGAUGCUGAAGAUAGUGAUAAUGAAUCGCUUGACACACAGAACAAAUUAAAAGAAACAACAAUAAGUCCAAAUUCCGUCCCACUUCCAGACGAAACAAAUGUAUUAUUGGAUAUCCCAGAAACUAAAAAAGAAUUGUUAUCAGAAACCGAAGAAGAAAUUGAAGAGUGAGAUUUUUUGUUACUCAAAAUUUAAUAAACCAAAAAUGUACAAAAUUACAAUAAUGUUUAAUUUGCUGCCUCUACUCUAACAAGUUUUUGAUUUAAUUUUAUUUAUUUAUUUAUUUUCUUUAACAAAAGUUACUAUAUAUUUUAGUUUUAAACUUCCAAGUAUUAGCCUUAUUAUUAUUAUUAUUAUUAUUAUUAUUUUAUUUAUGUUCAAUACCACUAUAAUUCCUUAAACAAAUAUUGAAUGCUUAAAUUUAUUUUAUGGUUGUCAUUUUUAUCCGUAACCACAUUUUAAUUAUAUGUAAUUAUUGGUUCAAAUUAAUUGAUUCGUCUUAAGAAUAUUAGAACAAUUUUUAAAUGUCAGUUGAUAUUACGCGAAUAAAUAAAUUAUUAUGCUUUA